UAUCUCAUCCUUACAUGUUUAAAAUGGGGAAACCAAAGAUAGCAGUAUGCUUCAUUAUCAUCUUGUUUUCUCUCUCCUCCAUUAGCAUUAUCUCCGAUGGUGCGUGUUCGCCAUCGGAAGACAAUAAUAAGUACCCUGUGAUCGGUAUCUUGAGCCAUCCUCGUCGCAAUAAUGGGUAGUACAUUUACGCCUCAUAUGUCAUGUUUGCAGAGGCCGGUGGUGCUAGGGUUAUUCCUCUCUUUUUUGAUGACCCUUGGACUGUUAUAUCCUCUAAACUUGAGUUGGUAAAUGGUUUGAUCUUGACUGGGGGAACCAAGAAAUCUGGCCCAUAUCUUGAAGUCGUCAAAAAAUUACUCCAGAAAGUCAAGGAGAAGAACAAUGAUGGGGAACAUUUUCCCCUUUAUGCCAUCAACCUAGGGUUUGAACUUUUAUUAAAUAUCAUUAGUGAGAGCAACAAUGUUCUAGAAAGUGUGGAUGCACACAAGUUGACAACUAAUCUGGAAUAUGAGAAUAACGUGAGCAUUCAACAAACAGUCUUGGGAAGUUUUCCUCUUGCUCUAAGGAAUAAGCUAAAGACAGACUGCCUAGUCUCGUUCAAUAACAAAUUUGGCAUAUCAAAGGAGAGUUUCUAUAAUGAUAAACAACUAUCUAGUUUCUUCAAGGCCAUUACGACAUCCAAAGACAAGAGUAACAAGGAUUUUAUUACCACAAUACAAGCGAAUAACUACCCUAUUGUAGGCUUUCAGUGGAAUCCUGAGAAAAAUGCAUUUGAAUGGGGAUCACCCGAAAUUCCACACUCUUUGGAUGCAAUUCAAGUAACCCAAUAUGCCGCGAGCUACCUUGUUAGUGAGGCUAGGAAGUCCCGCUAUGAGCCACCUGUUGAGCAAGUACUUGAAAAUCUCAUCUACAAGUACACUCCUUAUUACUCCGGAGCUAAAGGGAGUGGAUUUGAUCAGACAUACUAUUUUGAUGCGUACGAAUCAUCGACUUCAACUGAAGCUUUGGCACAAAAGUAAUUAAUGUUGCAGCUUCAUUUUAUUAUUGGGAGAAAUCUAGUUAGCCUAGCUUUCUAGCUUGGGAGACAGACAUCACUCUUCUCUCAGUCUCUCUUAAUAACUACUACUUUGUAUCACGGAACUAAUUAUUAAAUAAAGAGUUGUUGCACUUUGCAUA